AUGUCCGCCGUUGCACUAUCUGAUCAGGACGGAGAGUACGAACUCGACGACUGUAUUGAUUCGCGCAAAGAUACUCCUGACCCGGUGGAACCCAUGGUUACAGUCGACACCACCGUCGCGACUGGACUAAUCGAGGCUUAUGAGCUAGCUUCCAAGCUCCUGCUCAAGUAUCAACGACGACCCCAGCGAUCCAACCUACCACCCAUCCAAAUCCCUUCGCAGAAGAUCCAGGCCGAGAUCCCGCCGAGCUCGCUUUUCCGGGCAAAUUCAGGCUAA